UACGCCAUUUUUAUAAUUCUCAUCGACUCGGCGUGUGGUGUGGUUUUUCUCAAGUUUUGUGAAUUUUAUUGUGCUGUAGGAAUUUGUAACGUGUAUUUUUGACGACCAACACGCAAAACGUGUUCUACGGAAGAGUCAAAUUGUCUAUAAAUCUGUAUUUUAUAGUUUCGUGAUUGAAAAAGGCUUAGCCAUGCCGGGUUUUAGCAGUGCGGGUACGUUCAAAAUAUUUAUCGGAAAUCUCGCCGAUAAGACAGCGAUCAACGAUAUUAAACCAUUAUUCGAAAAGUACGGGAAAGUUGUGGAAUGCGAUAUCGUCAAGAAUUACGGUUUCGUACAUAUGGAGAACGAGACGGAGGGACGCGAUUCGAUACAAAAUUUGAACGGAUACAUGGUCAAUGGCCAGGCGAUUAAGUGUGAAGCUGCGAAGAGUCGUAAAGCACCGACAACGCCUACGACUAAGAUAUUCGUCGGCAACUUAACAGAAAAUACGAAAGCCCCCCAAGUACGGGAAUUGUUUAAAAAAUUCGGCACCGUUGUGGAAUGUGAUAUCGUACGGAACUACGGGUUCGUUCAUCUAGAUACGUCGGGCGAUGUGAACGAGGCGAUCAAAGAAUUGAACGGUACUAUGGUCGACGGGCAACCGAUGAAGGUGCAAUUAUCGACGAGUCGCGUACGACAACGGCCCGGUAUGGGCGAUCCCGAGCAAUGCUAUCGCUGCGGACGUGGAGGUCAUUGGUCGAAGGAAUGUCCCAAAGGUGUGGGUCCCGAACGAUUCCGCGAUCGUAUGUUCGGUCGUGAUCCCUACCCACCGCCGCCGCCUCCGCCAUUCCUGCGCGACCGAAUGAUGGGUCGUUUUGGGGACGCUUAUGAUGGCUACUACGAUCGACGAUAUGAAGAAUCCAGAGAUUUGUACGAGAGGCGCUAUGCGGCCCCACCGUCACGCAGCGAAAUGGGUUUACGUAGCCGAGAUUUUCUACCUCCGUUACCGCCUCGCAGAGAGCCCCUUCCGCCUAUGCCAUCGAUCGGUUUGAGAGGUCCCUCGAGCAGUUUAAGCGGCAGCUUAAGGGAGUCCAGUUUCGGUCGUAGCAGCAGUGAUUAUAGCAUGUUUAGCAGGCGAUCUCCCCCACCGUCCGGAAGCCUGUCGGGUUCUCGGGGUGCUCGCAUGUACGAAGAUUUUAGUCGGGACUUGUUCGAUGAUCGUCGCCCGGUCAUGCGUGGACCCUCCCCUUCCAGGAGAUAUGCUCCAUAUUAAAAAGCAGACAUAGUUUUUAACUUUUUUGUAUUAGCAUAUAGAACCUAAUUAUUUUAUAUGAAACUUACGUAGCAUAAGGUAAGCUGUAAUUAUUUAUUCGGUAUCAUGCAUUUUAUUUUGUUGAUGUAUUCGAAAUUGUACUCAUUAAAUGAUCUAAGUACUA